AUGGCACAACGCUUCAGAAAUCACCAAUCAGUUACUUUUCUCUUAUUUCAGAAAGCGAUAGAAUUGGUAACAAAGGCAACCGAAGAGGAUAAAAAGAAGAAUUAUCAAGAAGCACUGCGACUCUACGAGCACGGCAUUGAUUAUUUCCUUCAUGCUAUCAAAUAUGAAGCGCAGAGUGAUAAACAGAAAGAAACAAUUCGACAAAGAUGCGCGUCAUAUUUGGAUCGAGCCGAGAAAGUGAAGGAAUUUCUUAAGACAGGAGGUAGUAAAAAGAAAGCGGUAAAGGAUAGCGGACCUGGUAAUAAAGAUGAUUCGGAUUCAGAGAAGGACAGUGAGAACAAGAAAUUACAAGAGCGAUUAUCAGGUGCGAUCAUUAUGGAGAAACCGAACGUGAAAUGGGACGAUAUCGCUGGUUUAGAAGGUGCAAAAGAAGCGCUCAAAGAAGCCGUCAUUCUGCCCAUCAAGUUUCCACAACUCUUUACUGGUAAUCCAUUCAUUCAGAUAUUUCGCUUCUUCAGUAAUCGAAAACCAUGGCGUGGAAUCCUUCUGUUCGGACCGCCAGGUACGGGCAAAUCCUACAUUGCGAAGGCAGUCGCAACAGAGGCGAACAAUUCAACAUUCUUCUCGGUUUCAUCCUCCGACCUAAUGUCCAAAUGGCUUGGCGAAUCGGAGAGACUGGUUAAGCAACUGUUCGAAAUGGCACGAGAACAUCGUCCGUCGAUAAUUUUCAUCGAUGAAAUCGAUUCGUUGUGCUCAUCGCGUUCAGAUACGGAAAGCGAAUCAGCACGUCGUAUCAAAACGGAAUUUCUAGUGCAAAUGCAGGGCGUUGGCAACGACUGCGAAGGUAUUCUCGUUCUUGGUGCUACAAACAUCCCUUGGGUAUUGGAUGCGGCGAUUCGGCGUCGUUUCGAGAAGCGAAUUUACAUUCCUCUACCAGAAGCAAACGCUAGAAAAGAUAUGUUCAAACUACACAUUGGUAACAGUACGCCUCAUUCGUUGACUGAAGAAGAUUUCAAGACCCUGGCCGAUCGAACGGAAGGUUUUUCGGGAUAUGAUAUUUCGAUAGUGGUUCGUGAAGCACUGAUGCAACCAAUACGUAAAGUACAAACCGCAACGCAUUUCAAAUACGUUUCUGGACCGUCACGAAGUGAUCCGUCGAAAUUCGUUGACGAUCUGUUGACACCUUGCUCACCCGGUGACCGUGGUGCUAAGCCCAUGUCUUUUAUCGAUGUUCCUAGCGAUAAGCUUGCUGAGCCUGUUCUUUCGAUGAACGAUAUGGUACGAUCGUUAAUGAAUACCAAGCCGACCGUGAACAAGAAAGAUCUGGAUAAACUAAUGCAGUUCACGGCUGAUUUCGGACAAGAAGGAUGA